CGGACCCGGACCCGGACCCUUUAAAUGUUGAAUCUGAUGUGAGUGAGGCCAGGGCUCGUACUGCAGAGAAACAGGAGAAGCGCGAAGUGUUCUCGAAAGGCAAAACAGUGGAAAACUUGUGACGCAAGGUGAUGAACGAACCAUGAAGAAGAAGAAGUAUCAAGUGUUUGAUUUCAACGACGAAGACGAGCGCGUGGAGAAGAUCUCUAAGAAGUUUCUUGGGAAGUUCUCUCCUAAAAACAACCACACUUCUCCCGUUGACAAGUACAAGUUUCUUCAGUGCUUUUCACAAGGUAUCUAUAAUCAACAAAAGGAAAUUAGAUGUGAGACAAUCGACAUUAAUGAUGAAGCUGCACAAAGUGCAAAGUCUGAAGAGAUGGAAAUCAACAAUAAACCAAUUGUUGUAGAUGAUGGAGUUGCACAAGGGGAAAACUCUCAUCAAAAGGAGAUUAUGGAGAAGUUGUUGGAUGUUGGUGAUAGUUGUAUGGAUAAUCAUUGCACAUAUUCUCUAUCUUAUCUGAAAGGCAACCCAAGAAAAGAUUGCACUUUAAGAGAGGCUACAGGGUUAAAUACAUCUUUGUUAUCAUGUUCGUCAGAUUAUGAGAAUGAGCAAGUUAGUGUGAUUUCCGAUGAUGAUGAUUGUAUUGAAAUGAGUUCAUCAAUUUCAUCUUCUCCUCCGGAUAAUGAAGAAGAAUUGGUGGCAGGGCAAAGUUUUUGUGGACAUGAAAUUGAUCUUGUAAAAAAGAAAGUGAUUGUUUCCCCUGAUUUCAUUCUAUAUAAAGAGAUUUAUUGUACGAAUGCUCGAAUAACGUUUUCAUGUAGCUCCAUUAAAGUUGAAGGUUCAACUGUAAAUGGAAACAAUGGAACCUUAAGCUUUGAAUGUAAUGUUGGCGAUAUUAUCAAAAUUCAGUCAGCAUGGCAUGGGAGGGUUGAAACUGCUAUUAUUAAUCUCACGCUUAAAUCAAAUGAUUCUAUUGGAGCAGAAAAAGCAGAUGAAAUUUCAGGCAUUCAGUUGUUGAAGUUUGCAGUUUAUGACCCAGAUUGGUCUAUACGACAAGAAGCAAUCAAGUUAUUAGAUGUGAGAUAUGAGGAAGUGUGGGAUGUUGUUUUUGAUUGUGAUAGAGAAAAUGAAGUGAAUACUUUCUUGGGAAAAAAAAAAAAGGUGUCAGAUCAAUAUCUUUUUGAGUUUGAUGAGCAUUUUGAAGAUGUUAUAUAUCCGAAAGGUGAUCCUGAUGCUGUUGUAAUUAGUAAGAAAGAUAUUGAGCUUCUACGGCCCGAGACCUUCAUCAAUGAUACUAUCAUUGACUUUUAUAUUCAAUACUUGAAGAAGAAAUUACAACCUGAGGAGCAGCAUCGUUUUCAUUUUUUUAAUAGUUUUUUCUUUCGGAAGCUUGCUGAUCUAGAUAAAGAUCCAUCUGGUGCUUGUGAAGGCAAGGCAGCAUUUCAACGUGUUCGUAAAUGGACAAAAAAUGUGAAUCUUUUUGAGAAAGAUUACGUGUUUAUUCCUGUAAAUUACAGUCUUCAUUGGAGUUUGAUUGUCAUCUGUCAUCCUGGUGAAGUGGCUUAUUUUAAAGAUGAUGAAAUUGAAAAGUCAACUAAGGUACCGUGCAUCUUGCACAUGGAUUCUAUUAAAGGAAGUCAUAGAGGCCUUAAGGAUCUUCUUCAAAGUUAUUUAUGUGAAGAGUGGAAAGAGAAGCAUAACAGUACAGGUGAUGAAGUUCCUUCAAAAAUCUUACAAUUACGAUUUGUUCCUCUUGAGCUGCCUCAGCAAGAAAAUUCAUUUGACUGUGGCCUCUUUUUGCUCCAUUAUGCUGAACUUUUUAUCGCAGAAGCUCCUCCUAGCUUCAAUCCUUUUAAGAUAACAGGAUUUUCCACUUUUCUUAAAAGAAAUUGGUUUCCACCAAUGGAGGCUUCUUUGAAUCGUGCUCAUAUUAAGAUGUUGAUAUAUGAACUUUCUGAAAAUCAUUCUAAUAAGGAUCCUUCAGCUGAUGGCAUCGAUGAAAUAUGUCCUUCCUCCACAUUAUCACCUGAUGAAGAUGGGCAGGAAACUGGAGCAGUGAUUGUUGGGCAGAUAUCUACUCCAACUAAAAAUUUUCCACAAGGUUAUUCUUCAACUUCCAAUGUUGGAAGGGGAAUUGAAACUCCACUUAUUGGAGCACUCCCUUUGAGAGUUGCACAAGGCCACAGUGACCCAGGAUUGGUUUCCCUGGAGCAUUGUGAGCAAAUUACUGCAUGUUAUCCAAAGAAUAUCUUGUCGCCAAUAGAGGAAGUUGAAGAAACCAGUGAUGAAAAGGCUAAGGCAUCAUCUAACGUGGAACAAUGUCAGAAAGUACUUGGAUUGGCAGCAAAAUCUUCAACCUCUAACAUCUGCAUAGAUGGAGUAUCGCAGAUGACAUCUUGUGACUGGCGUUGUUUAUUGCACUUUGAAAAACAAGAUGAGUGUACUAGCGAACACCAGAAUAUAUCUAAAGAAAACAUAGAUGAAAAUCAACUGCCCGAGGUAUAUGAAGUGCCUAGCCAUGGAGAGACGAACACUGUUAAACCUGAAGAUUCUCCAAGCUGCCGUGGAAAAUUUGUUACUUUUCUUGUGGAAGAUUCUGAAGAAGAAAAUAAUGCACUUUUUGAUCUUGUCAUUGAAGAUUCUCAGGAGGAAAAUGGAGUUGCUGCUUUAGUUGUUGAAGACUCUGAGGAGAUAUGUUGCACGCAAAAUGCCUGCAAGAACAAAGAUACUGGAUCCUCUAAUAGUGGCAAUUGCACCCUCACCCAUCAAGAAGCAGACUUGACUGAAAUCAUUCACAUUAAAGAAGAUAAAAUGCCUAUUAGGGAUGAAGAUCGUGUGUCUAAAAGAGUUGCUAAGAAGCUGAGGCUUGAGAUUUCUGAUGAUGGAGAAGAACAUCUGCCAAAACAAGUGCUUUCUUGUGGUGUUAAGUAGUUUUUUGCUUGGCAUUGUACAGUAAGUAGAUUGUGAAUUGUGUCCCCCCAUCCCAACAAAAAGGAAAAUAGAGGGAAAAAAAAAGUUUUUUUUUUUUUUUAAAUUGUGACUUGUUGCAUAAUACCAAAAGAUUUACUGAUUUUAUGUAAUUUCCUUCAUAUUGGUGAGAUUCACCAUAAAGAGAAAUGGUGUUCCAUUUUUGUUUCAA